AGCACGCGCGCGGGUGGGUGCGUGGGUCUGCGAAAACACGCGCGCGCGUCUGUGCAGUAACUACCCCGUAGUGCKUCGCGACCGUCGUCGCCCGGCCRCCAGGUGUUGUGUACCAGCGCGCGUAUUUAUACAUAAAAUAUACCGUUUUUUAUAUACACGUAUUAAGUACACCGUCCGGGCGCUGCGACUGCAGCUGUACUCAAGACGUGGUGCAUGUCGCAACACGUGGCCACGGGUCCUCACAGUUAACUACAUGRCAUCGUUACCGCCGUCUCCGUUUCAUCGGCUUGAUUUUGGAAAACGAGAUGCCACCUCCCCGGCCCCUAGCCGUUCUACAGCUGCACGUCACGACGCGACAAUGAAAAAUGUCUAAGAAAUUCCGACGGUUCUACGAGACCGCGUUCGAUUCAAAAAUCAGCAAGUCGGACGAAGACCUGCUGUCGGCCGAAAAACAGGACUCGGCCAUCGCUCAUCGGCUGUCCAACCAGUUGCAGCUGUCGGCCAGCGCCAAUUCCGUCCGGCAAUACGACGACGAGGACGCCGCCGCCGCCACCGCAUCCGCCGUUCGCGCCUCGCCGUCCUCCAGGAUGCAAUGCAAAAACCGGUUGUUCGGUUUCCUGUUGCGGAAGAGACGUAACGGCGGCGGCGGCGGUGGCGGCAGCGGCCGACAAUUCAAUAGUGUUUACAAGUACCGGAGCUCGGACAGCGUAGUGACUAGCAGCAGUCUCAGUCUAGAGUCGAUCACCAGUGAUUCGCUGAGCUCGCACAGUUCCGAGUCACCGUGUUACAAGCGAUUUCCUGUACCGCACGUCCUGUCACCGAUCUCGGACAAGUCGUCCCAGGAUGCCGGCGCUGAGUUUUUGGAUUACGAACACCGGAGAUCGUCUGCCGCCGGUUCAGCGGCCCCCGUCGUUGUCGUGGCCGGCAAAGCCGCCGCGGUGGCCGCGCAGGUCAAGACCAAACCACCGCAAUCGUUAGGCCUGAUAAAGCUCAACAGUGGCCAAAUGCAGCAUCACGGUUCCGACAGUGGCAUAUCAGUAGGAUCGAAACCCGGCGACAACUACCAGGAGCUGUUGGACGUGCCGUUCGACAUGCCGAAGCUCAAACGCAGGCAGAGAUUCGAAGAGGGCCCGACGACGAUGUCGUCAACCACAUCGUCGUCGUCAUCGUCGUCUUCGGAUUGCACCGGACGUCCGGUGCUGCAGGCUCCACCGCGGCCCCAGGGACUACCGUUUGACAUGCCGAAAUUGAGGAGAAGGCAGACGAAUGCCGGCUGCGACCCCGAUGGUGGCGUGUUGCCGUUCGAUAUGCCGAAGCUCAGAAAGAGGCAGAUGGACAGCUGUGCGAGGGUCAUAUCGUUAGACUUCGAGAUCGGUAGCGGCGAGGACGCAUACGGUGCUCAUUCCGGCGUCAGACACCCUGCAGCAGACAGGUCUAAAAGCGAACAGCUGAAAGAGCUUCCAUUUGACAUACCGAAAUUAAAGAACAUUAAUUUACACGAGGGUGAAAAAAAACCUGACAGGAGUUCCUUGUUUCUCAAUGUAAUACCCGACAAUUGUGCUGCUGCCAACGCAAAUAAUAAACAACUUUCGAAAACCUGCCAAAACAAAAGUCAAUCAAACCGUCCAACAUUAAGUUUAUCAAACAUAAAGCCUUUAAAUUUUGUAGAAGACAUUGACAUUUCUUUACCCUUAGAUCAGCAAUGUUGGUAUCACGGACCUAUGAACAGACUUGAAGCAGAAAAAGCUUUGCAUGGUCAAAAGGAAGGAACCUAUUUAGUAAGAGGAAACAAGGGAUCAUAUGCGUUAUCAAUUAAGAGUGCUAAAGGUUUUAUUCACAUGAGGAUAACACAAUCUGGAGAAAGAAAUUAUUUGGGCCAAUCGGAUAGACCUUUUGAAACUAUACCUGAUCUCAUUAAACAUUAUACACUCAACAAGCUUCCAGCCAAAGGAGCCGAGCAUGUAGGUCUCAUAACACCUUUAGCCCACCAAAUCCAAAUAUUGUAAUCAUCUAACUAUUUAAUUAAAAAUGUUAUUUUCCUUCCAUUUUAAAGUAUAAAUUAAAACUGUGAUAGAAAAUAAUAACAUAUUAUACGCCAUUUUUAUUAUUAUAACCAUUAUUGUUUAUGUUUUGAAAUAAUACCAUAUCGAAAUUAAGUGCAAUAUAUAGUUUAGUUAUGUAUUAUUACCUUUAUAAGUAUUUGUGUUCGUUUUACAAUAAAACAAAGUAAUUUUAUGCAAUU